GAAAAUACUCCAAGUUCAAAGAUGGGACCAAACCUGGAAAGACUGGAAAAGAUUAUCCAAAAUGGAAAAUACCACCAAUUCCAAACAGUUGGGCACCAAUGAUGACCAAUGGAGUUUGGAAGUUACUCCAUGAUUGGAAGCAAUUUGCAAAUGGAACCACAAAAGAUCCGAUGUUGAUUCUAGAAAAGUUUCGCAUCACACAACAAGAUUCGUGCAUUGAAGAGAAACACCCAAAGAAAAGAAAGAACCGUUGUGGAAACCGCAAAGAGGACCACGUCAGUGAUGGUGAUUCUGAUGAUGACAAUGAUUCUUCUCGGCCCACACCUACGAAGACGACCCGAUUUGUUCUGGCGUCUCCAAGACUAAAUCGCAAAACUGGUAGAAAGCAAAUCAAGAUAGUCACCGACAUCAAAUCUUGA